AUGUCCAACCCGUCUCCUACACCCGAUGGCGCUCCCACCCCUCCCCGUCGUGUAUCAUUCCCCAUCAAUCCAACCGACACAUCCAUCACCCCAGACCCAUCCACCGGACCCCUCACCUCCUCACCUCCCGGAUCACCUACUCUUCCUCCUAGAGAGUCCAAUGCUACUCCCAAUGGAGCAAGACGACGAACUACCACCGCACCCAAUCGACAGAUAACUCUAGAUUCUACACCAAUGAGUCAAAGGAGACAAACCACCGAAUCGAACCGAUCAUCUAAUAGGAGAAAUCCCUCUUUCGACCCCAAUGCGAGUCUCGUCAGGAGGGUUACAACUGUCUUGUUCACUCCUCCUAAGAAAGUGGGAAAGGCACCUACUUAUUUGGGUAGUAUAAAAGCUGCUAUUAUGAGUACUUGGUUAAACGUAUUGCUGGUAUUUAUCCCUAUUGGAUGGGCUUUAUACCUUGCUAAACAUAGUGGUGGGAAAGACAGUAUUUCAGAUACAGCUGUUUUCAUCACUACUUUCAUCGCCAUCAUUCCUUUGGCUGGUUUACUGGGCUUCGCAACUGAAGAAGCUGCCUUGAGAUUAGGACAAACUCUCGGUGGUUUGCUUAAUGCUACGUUGGGUAAUGCUGUGGAGUUGAUCGUAGCUAUCUUAGCUUUGAUCAAGUGUGAAUUACAAGUCGUACAAUCUUCUCUGGUCGGUUCGAUCCUAAGUAAUAUCUUAUUAGUCUUAGGAAUGUGUUUCUUCGCGGGAGGAGUCAAAUUUGCCGAACAAGCUAUCAAAUCUACUGCUGCGCAACUCAACGCCUCUCUGCUUUUGAUCGCAGUUAUAGCUGUCCUGAUUCCCUCGGCAUUCCAUUUCUCAAUCAGUUCAAGUACCUCCAACACCGAUGCCGACCAAUUAGCUCAAGGUGAAGGUGCCGACUUGUUGGCUAUGAGUCAUGGAGUGGCGAUAUUGCUCUUAUUGCUGUAUUUGGGUUAUUUGGUAUUCCAAAUGUAUACCCAUGCGGCAUAUUAUAUUGACGACGAAGUAACUGGUUCGACCGCAUACCCCGAAGCCAUCACCAACGUUUCUGAGAAGCUGCGAUUCAGGAAUUUCCAUCGACACAAGAAGACGGACGAAGAGGAAGCGAUCACCACUGCCUCUGAUUCUACGGUCCAUUCUGGGAAUGUCACUAAUGCCGGUGGGGCUGUUCCUGCCACUCAUGGACCUUCGACUGUCGUACCGGAAAACUCGACUGUGCAAAGACAGCAUGAACAGGAAGAAGAGGAAGAUGAUGAGGAGACCCCUCAGAUGAAUGUCGUCUGUACUAUUGGAUUGAUGGUACUUAUCACUGUGCUCGUCGGAGUCACCGCCGAGUUCCUGGUCGACUCGAUCAAUGGUCUGGUAGAAUCACAUCCAUCCUUAUCGGCAGAAUGGGUCGGUCUGAUCUUACUUCCUAUUGUCGGUAAUGCAGCAGAACACUUCACGGCUGUCUCAGUUUCGGUGAAAGAUAAACUCGAUUUGUCAAUCUCAGUAGCUGUCGGCUCAUCGAUCCAAAUUGCUCUCUUUGUCAUUCCCGUUAUUCAAUUAUUGGCUUGGACAAUCGGUAAACCCAUGACUUUACUAUUCGAUCCUUACGAAUCGAUCGUACUGUUCUUAUCUGUUUUGAUCGUCAACCAAACACUGGCCGAUGGACGAUCCAACUGGAUGGAAGGUCUAGUCCUGAUGAUGUUAUAUCUCAUCAUCGCCGUGUCAUUCUGGUAUUACCCUGGAUCAUCGACAGCUACUUUAUUGGGAUGUGCCGAGUCUUCCAGUGUGGUAGGAUAG